UCGAACUACUCCAAAACACUCAAGGGAGGAUUGUCGUUUCACACUCGGUACCCUUCACAACCCGCAAAUACUCCUCAUAUCCCUCGCCCAGCAAGGCACGGCAUCAAACCAACACCCCGUAGAAUGGACCACUCACAUAUGGACCACGGCGAUAUGGACCAUGGGCAUGGAGACAUGGACAUGGGAACCUGUUCGAUGAACGUACGUACUAGCCUCGACGCUCCCGGCAGGCGCAUUUGCUGACACGCAAUAGAUGCUGUUUACUUGGUCUUCGGAGAACCUAUGCAUUGUCUUUCGCCAGUGGAGGGUCACGAGCACGUUUUCUCUGAUCCUAUCUCUACUUGCUAUUGUCCUCUUGACCGCUGGGUAUGAAUGCGUGCGCGAGAUCAGCAGACGAUAUGAGCAGAAACACAGUGCGGAAAUGGCUGCGUAUAGCACCAGCGGCUCAAGAAGAGACUCGAGGGCUGCGGCAGAACGCAAAGGCACGAUCAUAAAAGCACUGCUGUAUGCCGUGCAAGUCUUCUACAGCUUCUUCAUCAUGCUUCUUUUCAUGACGUAUAAUGGUUGGGUCAUGCUUGCCGUUGCUGUGGGAGCUUUUGUUGGAUAUAUUCUGUUUGGGCAGGGUUUGACAUCCACCAAAUCUGUGGCAUGCCACUGAGGUAGCGGCGCCAUGUUUUUCAAGGCUCCUCCUCCUCCUCAAUGUCACUUCCGAAGCCGAAGCUGAAGCCUCCGCCCUUCACGUUCUCUUCGGCCGGAUCAUGCA